AUGCGUACGAGGUUUUCCAACAACCUUACCUCAAUCCCCCCGACCAAUCUCCUCCGCCUCUUCUCCCAUCUCUCCACCAACCCACCACCACCACAACAUUUCUCCGACAAAAUCACUUCACCCGAACCCCAUCCCUCCACAAACCUUUCUCAAAACCACAUCUUGGAAACCCUCUUGACCCACAAAUCCAACCCCAAAUCAGCUUUCAAAUUCUUCAAAACCGUUGAGAGAAAACGAGGAUUCAUCAAAACCGUUGAUGUUUUCUGUUUAUUAGUUCAAAUUUUGUCUUCCACCCCAAAAACUCACAGCUAUGCUCGAAAUUUACUCAACGUAUAUGUUUCUACUGAUUCCACUCCUUCUGCUAAGAUACUCGUGGAGCAGUUGCUAGAGUGUUCGGGAAAGUAUGGUUUUGGAUCGGAUUCCGAUUCCGAUUCGCGGGUUUUUAAUUAUCUUUUGAAUAGUUUUGUUAGAGCGAAUAAGAUUACCGAUGCUGUUGAGUGUUUUAGAACUAUGUUAGAUUAUGAUAUGGUUCCUUGGGUUCCGGUUAUGAAUAUACUUUUGACUGCGAUGGUUAGGAGGAAUAUGAUUCGGAGUGCACGCGAGCUGUUUGAUGAAAUGGUUGAGAGAGGGAUGUAUGGUGAUUGUUAUAGUUUGCAUGUGGUUAUGCGUGCGUGUUUGAAGGAAGGGAAGUUUGAGGAGGCGGGGAGGUUUUUUGAGGAGGCUAAGCGGAGAGGGUUGGUGCUUGAUGCGGCUGCAUAUAGUAUUGUUGUUCAGGCGGUUUGUAAGGUGCCGGAUUUGAAUUUGGCGUGUGGGUUGUUGAAGGAGAUGAGGGAGUUGGGGUGGGUUCCAUCUGAGGGGACGUAUACGGCUGUUGUUGUUGCUUGUGUGAAGUAUGGAAAUGUUAAGGAGGCGUUGAGGCUUAAGGAUGAGAUGGUGAGUGUUGGUUUACCUGUGAAUGUGAUUGUUGCAAGAAGUUUGAUGAAAGGGUAUUGUGUGCAAGGAGAUGUGAAUCUUGCGGUGCAGUUGUUUGACGAGAUUGUUGAGGGUGGUGUUGCUCCUGACGUGAUUAUGUUCUCGAAUUUGAUUGAUGGGUUCUCUAUCAUUGGGAAUAUGGAGAAGGCGUAUGAGUUUUACACUCAAAUGAAAUUUAUGGGAAUCCAGCCAAGUGUCUCUAUUUUGAAUUCUCUGUUGAAAGGAUUCCGGAAACAGAAUUUGCUUGAAAAUGCGUAUGGAUUGCUUGAUGAGGCGGUUGAACUUGGUAUUGCUAAUGUUGUUACUUAUAACAUUGUUUUAAUGUGGCUCUGUGAAUCCGGUAAAGUUGAUGAGGCUUGUAAUUUAUGGGACAAGAUGAUGAGUCAGGGUAUUACACCUUCAUUAGUUUCUUACAACAACUUGAUACUUGGUCAUUGCAAAAAGGGUUGCAUGGAUGAUGCGUAUAGUGUGUUGAAUGAUAUUCUUGGAAGGGGUUUGAAACCGAAUGUGGUUACAUACACUCUUUUAAUAGAUGGUUUUUUCAAAAAGGGUGAUUCGGAGAGAGCCUUUGCCGUGUUAGAGCAAAUGAAGGCUGCUGAUAUUGCGCCUACAGACCAUACAUUUAACACUAUUAUAAACGGUUUGUGUAAAACUGGCCGGGUGUCUGAGAUACAUGACAAGUUGAACAAUUUCAUCAAGCAGGGUUUUAUUCCUACUUCCAUUACUUAUAAAAGCAUCAUAAAUGGAUUUGUUAAGGAAGGUGCGAUUGAAUCUGCAAUGUCUGCCUACUGGGAGAUGUGCGAAAAUGGAGUUUCUCCUAAUGUUACCAUUUAUACUAGUUUGAUUGAUGGAUUUUGCAAAUGUAAUAAGAUUGGUAUUGCUUUGGAAAUGCUUAAUGAUAUGAAAUACAAGGGUAUGAAAUUGGAUGUUAUUGCAUAUAGUGCUCUCAUUGAUGGUUUCUGCAAAAUGCAAGACAUGGAAAGUGCAAGCAAAUUUUUCGCCGAACUUUUGGAAGUUGGUUUGACUCCAAACACAGUUGUUUAUAACAGCAUGAUUAGUGGCUUCCGACAUUUGAAUAAUAUGGAAGCAGCGCUUAACUUGCACCAGAAAAUGAUAAAGAAUAAGGUUCCAUGUGAUUUGCAGAUAUAUACCUCAUUGAUUGGUGGCCUUUUGAAAGAAGGUAAAUUGAGUUUCGCUUUAGAUCUUUACUCAGAGAUGCUAUCCAAGGGUAUCGUGCCUGAUAUCGUCUUGUAUUCAGUUCUAAUAAACGGACUCUGUAACCAUGGACAACUAAAGAACGCAGACAAGAUUCUAGAGGAGAUGAAUGGGAAUAAUAUUACUCCUUCAGUUCUUGUAUAUAACACUUUAAUUGCUGGACACUUUAAGGAGGGUAAUCUGCAAGAGGCUUUUAGACUGCAUGAUGAGAUGCUUGAUAAAGGUCUCGUGCCUGAUGAUACUACUUAUGAUAUUCUUGUAAAUGGAAAACUCAAGAUAUAA